AUGGCUUAUCGAACAUUGGAACAACAGCAUCCAUCAGCAGCGCCUACCGAGCCCGUAGAAGAACCACUUUACGUAAACGCAAAACAGUACCAUCGAAUUCUCAAACGUAGAGCGGCCAGAGCACGUUUGGAAGAAUUAAAUAAGAUCGCCAAAGCCCGGAAACCCUAUCUCCACGAGAGUCGUCACAGACACGCCAUGCGCCGGCCUCGUGGUCCUGGCGGCAGAUUUUUGACGGCGGCCGAAGUGGCGGAGUUGGAAAAGACGGGCAAAUUGCCUGGCCAAGAAGAUGAGAAAGACAUAAAGCAGGACUACGGUUCGGCUUCUCCUGCUCACACCCCAUUGCCUUCUGGAGAGCAAUCGGAAGAAAAAUCAAGUAAUGCGACUUCGAAUCCACAGCAACCGCCGUCUCAACAAACCCCUCACCAGCAACCAUUGCAACCACAGCCGCAACCACCCUCCAGUCAACAACCACAGCCGUCGCAACCCCAGUCGCAAUCGUCACAACAGCAGCAGCAAUGGCCGCCUGUACAAGCGAUGCAAAACUAUGGUCAAUUUGGUGGUCAAGAGGAGCACCGUUGA